AUGUCGACCUUCACUCGCUGCGGACUUCUACUGUGCCUCGCUACUUGCCUGCUUCAGGGAGGUGAGGGACAAUACCUUUCAAGUGGUAUAGGUGUGGGAUACGGCAAUGUGGACUGCGGCUGCUCGCGGGGCCCGGGCUACGCUUGGCAAGGGGCGUCCGGGAGUGCAUGGGGGGUGCCGGAACUGAUCGGCGGGUACGGGGGCGAGGGUGUCGGGGACUUGGAGGUGGCCGGUGAGCUGCCUGUGGCGGGCACCACACUCGUGGCCGGCCAGGUGCCGGUGCUGGGCGCAGUGCAGUUCGCGGGGGAGGUGCCCGCAGCGGGCAUCGUCACUAUCACUGGCAGAUGCGGCUGCGACUGUAGCGGAAAUGUUCUGUUCUAA